GUUUGUUUUCUAGGGCUAACCAUGCGAUAUAUUCAGCUUUCUCGUAUUCAAAGUUUGGCUAUUGUUUCGACCCUGGCGGUGAACCUGUAGUCCUGCAGCCAUGUCUUGGCCAGCUGCGGUAAGGCUCCCUAUACAGUUCGCCGAGACAGCAGAGCCUCAAUUGGAAUUCCAUCGGCAAAUCAGGUAAUUGUUAUUAAAUAUUCAUGUGAAUCUGUUUCUCAGAAGUAUGCUUUGGGCAGUUAUAUGACGCCCCUUUGCCCAGCUUUUCCAAGUUUCCAUUUAUCCAAUUGAAGCCCAACAUUUCAGACAUUGAGGGAGAUAUACCAAGUUCACUACCUUCGACUCAUCGACACUCAACAUGACCGAAGGAAAGGCCUCGUUCUCUCUUUCCGAGAAGCUUUCCAAGUUCAAAGAGGACUGGGAGAAAUGGAUACGCAGGCAAAUCAAGGAACGAGGUGGUGAUCGAAGCGUGCUCUGCGACACGACUUCCCCUACCGAGAUCAGAGAGUCCCUAACCUGUCUAGCAGAGCAUCUUCCCACCGUGAGCGUCGACGAACUCGAACGCGCCUUCAGUAUCGCUCAGAACAUCAACUACUACGCCGUUGCCGAGCAAGGACCCUCCGAAAACCCGAUGCCGAAUGACCUCACAGAGGAUGAGAAGAAGUGUAUUCGUGAUGAGAGAGAGCAUGUAUUCUCUCAGCCUGGAAUGCCGAUCAUCAUCAUCACGGUCUCCCUCGCCGCAUUUCUACAGGGACAUGUCCAAGCUUCAAUUAACGCCGCUGAUAUUUACUCUAUGGACGCGGCAAAUCCGCUUGAUCUCCCUAAAGGAGAUGAGACUUGGUCUUCUGGCGCCAUGAAUGCAAUGCCAUACUUCACUGCUGCGUUACUAGGUUCACCAAUGUCACUUCCGAUAAACAUCUGCAUCGGUCGUCGCGGUGCGCUCACGGUUUCCGCUUUCUUGAUCAUUGCUAGUUCCAUUGGCUCUGCAUUUUGUCAGACAUGGCUAGAACUGCUCUUGGUUAGGAUUAUUGCUGGUGUUGCAAUGGGUAUCAAAGCAGUUAGUGCACCCGUUCUCGCCUCCGAGACAGCAGUCCGAUUCUGGCGAGGAUCUAUUGUACUAGCCUGGCAGCUCUGGGUUGCGUGCGGCAUCCUCAUGGGGUCUGUUAUCAACAUGGCAAUCGCCGAUGCGACAGGAUAUCUCGAGGAAGACGGGAAGAACCGGUCCAGACUAGCCCUCCGUCUCAUCCUCGGUGCCCCUGCUGUCCCAGCACUCUUGCUGCUUAUUGCAGUCGCCAUGUGCUAUGAGAGCCCACGUUACUACAUGCGUUCCGACACUCCCGGUUACAGUAUUGAUCGAGCCUUUCAGAUCCUGCUCAAGAUCAGAUCUCAUCGUCUGCUUGCCUUGCGUGACCUCACCCUUAUCUGGUGGCCCACUAGACCACAAAGGGCAGUGCCCGACCAGGCAAGUCUGGAGAAGAAUAGACAUAAUGGGUUGACAUACAUGGGACGCGUGAUAGCAUCCUUGAAGCUGUCGAAGCUGCAGUACUCAACCUUAUUCCAGGCAAAGUUUCUGAGAAAUGCGGUAUACAGUACUUGCAUCGUGUCUUUGGCACAGCAGCUGUGCGGAGUCAAUGUCUUCGCCUUCUACUCCAACAAAAUGUUCAGCGGGGCGUACGACAACCUCAAGGCUACUCUUGCGUAUAGCGUCGGGUUUGGUGGAGUGAACUUUCUCUUCGGGCUCCUUGCCAUGAGAUCUAUCGAUACCUUAGGCCGCAGACGAUGGCUACUGUUCACGCUCCCUUUGAUGAGCUUGUUUCUCAUGGCGGCAGCUAUUGCAUAUAACGACAAGUUCUCAAAGGGUGUAGAAGCACGAAACAUUGUGGGGACGGUCUUUGUAUACUGUUUCGUGGCUGCUUAUGCGCCUGGCCUUGGGCCCAUCCCAUUCACCUUAGCUUCUGAGAGUUUCCCAUCAUCCCAUCGAGAAGCGGGUGCCUCAGUCGCCAUUACCAUGAAUCUCUUUUUUGCUGGUCUCCUCUCAAUCCUUUUACCAGAGAUCUAUGAUGCUUUUCAUGCACGAGGAACACUGGGCGUUUUCUCAGUCCUCAAUGUCAUCGCAUUCAUCCUCGUCCUCUUUUUGAUCGAGGAGACUAGCAGCCGAAGUUUGGAAGACCUCGAAAAGGUCUAUGAGCGGCCAAAGAUGCAACUGGUGAUGUGGGUAUGGCAUGAACAACUCCCAUACUUCGUGCAGAAGCGCAUUCUUUGGAGACGAAAUGUUGAUGAGCCUGUGCCUUAUGACAGUUAUGGUGAGGAGAGAAACGACGGUGAAUCAGAAACAGAAUUGGAGAGCUUGGGAGAAGCGCAAUAAGUUUGGAUUUAUCCUUAGGAUAGGCCCAUAAUAUGUCUAUAUAAGCAAAUAGUCAAUGCGAAAUAAAAGCUUUGCAAACUUCA